GUUUCGCUCGCAACUCCGCCAGUCCACCUUAAGCGCACGAGCAGACUACGGCGAGGUUUCCGCUUGUCACUCGCGACUCCCGAGAGUCUCCGAACUAAACUCACGUAAGUCACGCAGCUUUGACGCGGAGGACGGACAACUAAACUCACGUAAGUCACGCAGCUUUGACGCGGAGGACGGACAACUAAACUCACGUAAGUCACGCAGUUGGAGGGAAGAACAAUGUCCGACUCCAAGUACCGAGAGUGGAUCUUGGACACUAUCGACUCCCUGCGCUCCAGGAAAGCCCGGCCGGACUUGGAGCGGAUCUGCCGGAUGGUCCGCAGGCGUCACGGCUCCGAGCCCGACCAGACGUGCACGGAACUGGAGAAACUGAUCCGCGAGCAGACGGUGCUCAAAGUCAACUACAAGGGCUCCAUUUCCUACCGCAACGCCGCCAAGGUUCAGCGGAGGUGCCGCAAGAAGGACGACGCGGUGUCGGCGACUGGAGGGGGAGGAGGAGGAGCGGCGGUGGCGGCAAAGAGCGCGGCGGACGACGCCAGUCAUUCGGACUUGAGCAACGGGGACAGCGCGCUCGGUGCGGCGGACCAGGACGACGACGAUGACGAGGAGGAGGCUGACAUCUCCAUGGCGAUGGACACAGACAGUAAUGCGGAUGAGGAAGGGGGAGACGAGAGCCGGGACAGACACUACGGACCCUCCCCGGGCCCUGCGUGCCAAGUCACGGCCACGCAGGUGGGGGGGGUGCGAGCGGCCUCCGCCCCCUGCUCUCCGUCUGGCCCUCGGCCCGGUCCCGGCGGCCCCCCGGGCUCGGGCCUGGACUGCGUGUUUUUCCAGAGUGCUGGUACAAGGCCCAGCUCCUUGCCCCCCUCCAGCCCCCGGACCCUCCCGCACAAUGAAUGGUCUUAUGGUGCCGCUGGCGGCCCCGUGGAGCGCCAGGACCCCGGCGUGCAGACCCACAAAGUAGUCCACCAUGUGGUGCUGAAGGAGCACGUGCAGAAAGAAGACAAGAAGGAGGACGGCAGUCCUCUCUCAGACCAGCUGGUCCCGGACUACGCAGCACAACUGGAGAGGAGCGCAGAUGUGUCCGAGGGACGCGCCCAGGUUUUGUCAUCUUCAGAUGACUGCACCUUGAAGAAGAACGCAGAGACACUGUCCUCCUUCCCACAGGCCAACAACGUCCUGGUGAAUGGUGAUCAAAGCCAAGACGUCUCGGUGAAGAAGGAGAAGAUGAGUCAGAACUUGCUGCAGUGGAGCGUGGCAGACGUGGUCACUUACUUCUCUGAGGCUGGCUUUCCAGAGCAGGCACUGGCCUUCAGGAUGCAGGAGAUAGACGGCAAGUCUUUGCUCCUCAUGCAGCGCAGCGACGUGCUGACAGGCCUGUCCAUCCGCCUCGGCCCUGCACUCAAAAUCUACGAGCGCCACAUCAAGGUUCUCCAGAGGACCCACUUCCUGGAGUGUGAGGACCUUUAAGGCGGUCCUGGAUAACACACCAGACAAUAUACGGAUGAAGAGGGGAGAAUAGUGUGUGACUUUAAGACGUUCAUCCUACCUCUCAUGAGCCUCAUUCCACCCUCGCGCAAAGGAGGAGCGCUGGCCCUUUAAGAAGAGCCACACUCUGCAUCUUGAAGCCAUGGGCGUGCACCUUGUGGACUUCCUUUCUUCCUUUAUUCCUCACUGACCGCGAAGUGCUGCACUUUGGACUCAAAUCAGAACCUUCUUCCAACUCAUCCGAGAUGGCACCUUCCCAAAAAGACGCAGGUAAAACCCGAGUUCCUGCAGUAGCUGCUAACACUUCCUUGUUUUGUACUUACCUGUUUAAUAAUACAACAGAUGCAAUAUUUGUUAGCAUUCAUGUUUUUGUGUUUUGUGUCCUCCAAAGAAGACACUUGAAGUAUGUAACAUUCCAUAGGCUGAAGUUCACUUAAAGCAGUCCUUCAAAAAUAAAAGCCUUCAUUCAGC